AUGGCAGAACCAUUCGCGACGCUCACUAUCGCACCCAUCGACUUAGAGGCUGGAGGAUCUGAUGCGCCUCCCCAGCGCCUCAACCGCCGCGCUCACCUCGCCCCCGAGCUCCUCAGAUCACGAAAGCUUGCAGCAGGCGAAUGGGUUCUGCUCAAGGCCUCCGGCCCAGCCGCGGCAGGCGAGGACAACCCCAUCGGGUGGGUGGUAGCUCAGUUGUGGCCGCGCGUUGGGAUUGAGGAAGACACCGUCGCUCUCACCCCUGCACAAAUCGGCAACAUUGGCGCUUUCAGCGUGGACAUGUUCCGCUUCCCUCCCCAGACGAGCAAUGGUGUCCUCAAGCUCGUCACUGUGAAGGAGAUUUCUUUGGCAGCUGCCAAGAAGGAGGAUCUGGAUGAGGCUGGCAAGAAGCGCGAGCUCGAGUGGCAGCGUGCCGCUGUCAAGGAGGCUCUGACUGCUGUCAAGUAUGUUAACGAGGGCUACAAGAUUACCCUCGGUGACACUGCUACUCGUUUUGUUAUCACUGGCUACGACGUCUCGACAAAGGUUGCGGCACCCCGUGCUGGUGCCGACGCUUUGGCCAGCGACCUGGGGGCUCUUUCCCUCAAGGACGCGCCUCCCGUCUAUGAGGCUGAGUGGAGGACCAAGAUCAAGUUUGAGGGAGAAGAUGAGAGUGACAAGGGCCCUACUUCAACGGACAGCAAAUCAGGCGCCAAUCCUACAGGAUCCUCUGCCGCACCUCCAUCCUACAUCAACAUUUUCACUCCGGCCGAAGCCGGUGCCACAUCUUACAACCUCCUGGGUGGCCUCGACCACCAAAUCAAGCAAGUCAAAGCCUUGCUCGACCUCCCACUCAACAACCCCGAACUGUUCACCCGCUUUGGCCUUACCCCGCCUCGUGGUCUGCUCCUCCACGGCCCUCCCGGUACGGGCAAGACUGCACUCGCCCGUGCCAUUGCCUCGUCCACUCCUGGCUGCUCGUGCAUCGUUGUGAACGGUCCCGAGCUCUCGUCAGCCUUCCACGGAGAGACUGAGGAGCGCCUGCGUGGCAUCUUUGAGGAGGCCCGGAAACGCAGCCCCUGUAUCAUCGUGCUCGACGAAGUGGAUGCGCUGUGCCCUAGGCGUGACGGUGGUGAGGGUGGCGAGGUGGAGCGCCGUGUGGUUGCCAUGCUCCUCACGCUCAUGGACGGUAUGGGCGCUUCGACUUCGAACGAGCGAGUCAUUGUCAUCGCGGCCACAAACCGUCCCAACGCCAUUGACCCUGCCCUCCGCCGUCCCGGCCGUUUCGAUCGCGAGAUUGAGAUUGGCAUUCCCGACGCAACUGGCCGCGCGCACAUUCUCAACAUUAUGCUGGCCAAGAUGCCCCACUCACUCACCGAAGCUGAGAUUACCUCGGUGGCAGCCCGCACGCACGGCUAUGUCGGAGCCGACCUCGUCUCCCUCGUCCGCGAGUCGGCCACGACCGCCAUUCAACGUUGGGCAGACAACCACACGGCGAGCGAGCCUUCUCCGCUCCUCACGGCCGCCGAUGUCAACACUACCCUGCCUACCAUUCGCCCCUCGGCGAUGCGUGAGGUCUUUGUUGAGACCCCGACUGUCCGCUGGACAGACAUUGGAGGCCAGGACGACGUGAAGCAGAAGCUCCGCGAGUGUGUCGAGUGGCCUCUCACUCAUGGCGCCACAUUUGCCCGUCUCGGUGUCGAGGCUCCUCGUGGUGUGCUCCUGUACGGCCCGCCCGGUUGCUCCAAGACCAUGACUGCGAAGGCACUCGCUACGGAGAGCGGUAUCAACUUUAUCGCGGUCAAGGGCCCCGAGCUGCUGAACAAGUAUGUGGGCGAGAGCGAGCGCGCUGUCCGUGAGGUAUUCCGCAAGGCGCGCGCCGCGUCCCCUUCCAUUGUCUUCUUUGACGAGAUUGACGCCCUGGGAUCGUCGCGUGAUGGGGGUGGCGGCGGUGAUGUCCAGUCGGGCGUCCUGACCUCCCUCCUCAACGAGAUGGACGGCAUCGAGUCCCUCUCCGGUGUGACGGUUGUGGCGGCCACGAACCGCCCCGACGUCCUCGACACGGCGCUCACGCGUCCCGGUCGUCUGGACAGAAUCUUGUAUGUCGGCGCCCCCGACCUGGCUACUCGUAAGGACAUCUUCCGCCUGAGGUUUAGGAACAUGGCCAUUGAGCCUGGAGUGAACCUUGACCAGCUUGCCCAGAUUACCGAUGGCUGUUCCGGUGCCGAAGUCGGGUCCAUCUGUCAGGACGCGGCCCUCGCCGCCAUGAACGAGGACCUCGACGCGCCGUACGUCAAGAUCUCGCACCUCCUCCACUCGGCCCGUACCGUUCGCCGGCGCAUCACGCCCGACAUGAUCCGCUUCUUUGAAGAGUGGCGCGACCAGUCAGGUAUCAGGAGCGCAUAA